CGCUCCGUCCCCGGAAACGCUUCCUUCCCACGCCACCGCGGCCGCCCCUGGGCCUCGCGAGCGCUUUGCCUCUCUAGGCCGCUGGGGCCUCGGCUCCAUGGUUCCAUCUGUCAGCCGCUGGGACCCGGGGCUCUUAGCCGGGGACGCUUCCGAUCCUCGAGCCGGUCACCGGAGGUGAGGCGAUUCCCCCCCCCCCCCCCCGGCGGGGUCCAUGGCUUGGCGGCGCUGACCCCCCGCGGGCCGGCAUGGCGGGCCAGUUCCGCAGCUACGUGUGGGACCCGUUGCUGAUCCUGUCGCAGAUCGUGCUCAUGCAGACGGUCUACUACGGCUCCCUGGGCCUGUGGCUGGCGCUGGUGGAUGCGCUGGUCCGGAGCAGCCCCUCGCUGGACCAGAUGUUCGAUGCCGAGAUCCUGGGCUUUUCCACCCCUCCAGGCCGGCUCUCCAUGAUGUCAUUCGUCCUCAACGCCCUCACCUGUGCCCUGGGCCUGCUGUACUUCAUCCGGCGAGGGAAGCAGUGUCUGGAUUUCACUGUCACUGUCCAUUUCUUUCACCUCCUGGGCUGCUGGUUCUACAGCUCCCGUUUCCCUUCAGCGCUGACCUGGUGGCUGGUCCAGGCUGUGUGCAUUGCACUUAUGGCUGUCAUCGGGGAGUACCUGUGCAUGCGGACGGAGCUCAAGGAGAUCCCCCUCAACUCAGCCCCUAAGUCCAAUGUCUAGAACGGGGCCCUUUGGACACUCUGCUGGCACUUGGGUCCCCAAUACCUUGGUCUGCUCAGACCUGCAGAUGAGGUCCAGCCCAGCCAGGUGUGAGGGGAACCCUGGAAAUGUGAAGUCUCUGUUGGUGGAGAGAUAGCGAGGCCCUGCCGUGAAGGCAGGUAGAGUUAUGACCGCAGCUACAGGAGUGCCUCUGUCUGCUGAAGCCUUAACAUCCGGAGGUCACAAGCGAUCUCGUUGACAGUAAUAACUGAUUUGGAACCAUGUCACUCUUGAGCCAUCAUACUGUCACCAGCCUGUUGUUUUAAAAAAAAAGAAAAAAAAAAUCAAGGAUAUUUGAUUGGAGCAAGCCACUCUUCUAAGUCAUGUGUCUUACCGCCAGGACAGCUAGUACCUUUGCCAUGCUGCUGAACGUCGGUGAUUCUGUGAGGAGAAACCCUUGGUUUCUGGGUCUGUGGUCACAGAAAGAGACGUAGGUGUGAAGUCCUAGGCUGCCGUAAGGGAGAGGCCGGCAGCUGGGAGGCAUCAAGCACAAGGAAAACGCACAGCCUUGUGCCCUGUUAGACACACACAGGGUGCAACCAAGAGCCCAGGACUAACUUCCAGUUCUCUGUACCAGGUUCUACCCUGCUGCCAGCUCUCAACCCAGCAGGCCGUAGGACCCAGAGAAGAAUCCCCACAGCCCCUCCAGUCUUAACCUCGUAAUGAAGCCACUGCCUGUUCUCUGGAAAUGAGCAGGCCUCCCAGCUCCCACGGGACCUCAGUUGUGGCAGGAAUUUCCUUUUCCUUUCCAAUUUGCCAUUCUGUGGUGGGAAGGGUGUGAUGGGCACCCCACCUUUUAGCUCAGGCUAUACCAGUAGUGCUGAUGGAGACAGGAAUUGGCUGCUACGGACAGCAUUUUCUUCCAGGGUGGUUUCCUCUGUGAGGGGCUUGCAGCUCUCCUUCUUGUGUACAGAAAUAUAUAUUUUCACACUUC